AUGAAAGUUGGUGAAAGAUGGCUAUGUCUUAAACACGACAUAAAUGUAGAGUCUGCGCCAGUCACGGUUCAUCCCAAGGUGCUCAUGAACGGCCUGGGAAGUCUCACGACAAACCUUUACUGGCAGGGCUCAUGCAACGGCUUAGCCGGGUCGCCUUGCUCACCUUUCAAUCAGUGGUCGAGACAAAAGCGGUACAUGCAAAGUUGA